CCUACGUGAGCUUCACUGAGCAACUACAAAAUAAUAUUUUUUAGUAGGCAACAGCAACCCUGUUGCCAAAAUGAAUAAUCGAGACAAUAUACAAACUAUUCGAUCAGAAAAAGUAUCGCAAUUCGCAGCAAGCGCGCCCAUUUUGUUAGCGUCUGGAGUCGGUUUUACACACUUUCAAACAAGCGUCGAUUUAAACAGGAUUGAAAUCAAAACACGUACAACCGACGCAAGCGUGCAGUGUUAAAUUGUAUCUAGUUCACUUUGUUAUUUUUUUUUUUUUGUUUCGAGUUAAAUAUGGAAUUACGUGUUUGGAAAGCGAUACUCUUGCAGUGGGUGCGGAAAUGCAAUUUCAUAGCAGACGUUACAUGUCUUGAAGAUUCCGAUAUUGAGGAAUUUUUUACACACUAUGCACAAUUUUCUCAGGUUGAGCUAACAGCUGAGCAGCCGGCGUUGUCGCCCUUAAGCCUCACAUUUUCAUCGGGACAACUACUGACUUUUCUAAGAGAUAUAUAUCCAAAUUUCAAGCCGCUUUUAGAGAGCAAUGGCCGUAUAAUGACAACUGAUUACAUUUACGUCUACACACUUCUGAUGCACUACACUUGCGUUCAGAGUCCGAACGAAUAUUUUCAUAAUAUUUGCAGAAACUUACCUGACAUCACACAGCAGUGCAUAGCGGAUUUUUUCCAGCAGACAAUAAAAAACCCAGAAUUGACUCGCAAUUGCUUGCGCGAGACCAUUGCUAGUAUCAGUGAUAUUGCUGAGAGCAAUGUUGCGGACUUGACUCCGAUCCAGACUAAGUCGCGAGGCUGUACCUCCUUCUCGUCCGAGCGCAAUGGCUGCGAAGUAAAAUCCUCGGAGUUAGAGAGCAACAACAAGGAUUCGGCUACAAUCGACAAUGAUGCGACUGCGAGUACGAAUUUUGCAACGCCAAUCCCAGUGCAACGGGAGCUGACUAGCUUACUAGAGGUCAGCCAAAAUCAAGCUCCGUCGACACCAAAAACAGUGCUGCUCGAACAGCGUACACGUGAGCUGUUAGGAUUACGUGCUCAGCUGGAAACCGAACGUUAUGAAAAGGCUGUUUUAGAGGACCAAAUUUUGGAGAAUGAGCAACUAAUCAAUUCGCUAAGUAAAGAAAACAAAGUAAAAAAGAAGCAACUGGCCAAGCUGACGGCCUCCCUGGAAUAUGAAAACGAUGAGUGCAAUUACAUGCAGAACUCUAUGCCCAACGAAUUUGAGAAUUUGAAAAGACAGCUGCUUAAAGAGAUUAACAACAAGGAUGCUAUGCUCGCCGAAAGCAAAGAAGAAAUGCAGGAGUUGAAGAACAAAUAUGAUAAAUUAGCGGAUAAGCUGAAACUGUCCGAAAAGCAGAUGCUCGUGUGUAUGGAUAAAAUAAACGAUCUGGAACUGCGCUUGGAGAACGCCACGCUGUUGUUGACAGAAAAGGACGAUGAUAUCGCUUGUCUGCAGCGUGAUAAAUUGGAGCUGCAGCAGUGUCUGCAGGAGGCUCGCGCCGAGCUGCAUAAUGGCCGCGAGGUCCUCAACGCUUCCUCGGAUUUGCUUGAAACUUCACAGUCGACGGCUAGCAUGAAUACCACACCCGAAACUUUGGCUUGUUCCGUCAUCGAUAAGCAGUUGCGUGAAAAAGAGCUGGAAAACGUGGAGCUGCGUGAUCAGCUGGAAGCUAUUUGGAAGGAAAAAAAGAGCAUUUUGGAAAAUCUGUUAACGAUCGUGCAACACUACCAACUGGAAAUGCCGCCAGCCCCAGAUGAUUCACAAAUAUUGGACCUAGUAGGGCGUAGCAUGGACCAGUUGAACGUCCGCUUUGAGAAAGAGCAGCUACGUGUGAAGGAACUGCAGGCUCAGUACGACACACUACAUCAGCGAAAUAUACAGAAUGAAGAGAUUAUUCAAAGGCAACAAGAGAGUAGAGCAAAGAAGCUGGAUCAGGCACUAGAACAGAGUCAGCUAAUUUUGCUGGAAGGCAUUAAGAAGUGUCGGGUACGCGACAAUGAAAUUAGAUACCUCGCUAAGAUCUCUGCAGAUAUAGAAAAAAAGGAUGAGGAACUAGAACAAUUGGGCUGCGAAAUAAUUCAACUUAGCAGUAGAAACCAUAUUUUAGAGGAGCGUGUCAGCACAGAGGAGAAAUGCGCACUGAGUCGUGGCCAAGAGCUUAAAGCACAGCAAAUACGUCUUCACUCUCAAGAAAAACUAAUUGAUAAGCAGCAGCAGCAGAUAAACGAGAAUCAACAGCAAUUGCAGUGCUUCAUCGACACGAUAGGCUCUCGAUUUGACCUACAUUCAAGUUCGGCAGGGAUCAGCGAUAAAAGCCUGAAACAAGUCGAAAAGAUGUUAAUAUCUUGGCAAGAUCAAAUGCAAAUCAAGCUGAAACAUUCGGAAUCAGAGAUAUUGAACCAAAGUAGAUACCUAACUGCAGUAGAUCGCAUCGUUAUUGAUAUACUAAGCGCACUAAAUGCACAUACGAAGUCAUCAAUUGAGAACAAUAAUAUUUCCAACGAUCCUUUGCUCAAGAAACUAGUCUUUGUACAGAACCAGCUCUCACAGUUUGUCACCGAAUAUGACCAAUUGACCAAGAAAUGCAAGGCUUUGAAUCAGAGCUUAAUACAGUCCGUAGAAGUAAAAAGACAAGAACACGACGCAUUGCAGAAAGAACACAAGGAAACUAUUUUGAAGCUGACAGAUAAGUUAAACCAAUUACAAUCGCAAUGCGAUAAAGUAAUGAAAGAACUGCAACAGAAAAAUGCUGAAUGCGAAGAAAUGAGCGAAAAGUUGCAAGUCGAAAAAGAGUUAAGAAACAAAGUUGAUAGCAAUGACGUUACCAGGGUUAACGGGGAUUUAGGAAACGUAAAUGGUAAAGACAGUGCCGAGCAGAUGCUUCAUGAGGAAGAGUUGAAGACAGAGCUGAUUGAUGCGAAUAUGAAUCAAUCUCAGCUUGUGCGAGAACCUGAAACAACAACCGAAGAAGCAACGGUUCAGAAUGGAAACCAAAUCGAAGUCCAAUGCCAACUAGAGCAAGCUAAAAUUAAAGAAGAGCUGAAUGAAUCCAAUGAAAAGCAAAAACAGUUGGAACAGGAGCUCAAGGAGAAAGCGGAGCUCGUUCAAAAGAGCGAGUCUACGAUCCAAGCGUUGCAAGAAGAGAUUGUAGUGCAAACGCAGCAGUCCGACAUGUCCAAAGCCGAGCUUAAAAAUACACAACAAAAACUGGAGGAGGCUCAACAGCAGCUGGAGACGGCGCUGCAACAGUUGCAAAAGGAAGAAUCUCUUGUGGUACAAGUCAAUGAAUUGGAAGAUUUGAUAAAGGUAGAACAGAGCAAAAACUUGAGCUUAGAACAAGCGCAAAUACAUCAGAUGGAGCAGAAGCGCGUUAUCGAAAAGCAACUAACGGAUAUGCAAUACUUGUUCGCAAAGAGGGAGGACGAGCUGGAGAAGAGCAAAGCACAGCUGGACUCGAGUACCAAGCGCUUGGAGAAAAUAGCCAUUAAACUUGGCGAACAGCAAGCGAUUUUAUCUAAGACACAACGGGAAAUGGCUCAAGCCAAACUGAAGCAGAGCGAACAGGCAGAGCUUAUUGCGGUAUUGCAACACGAGAAGGACGGCUUGCAGUUGGAGUUGCGGAAGAACAAGGAGCGUGCGAAUCGUUCCGAGGAGAAGCAGGCCAGCUUGGAGCAGCAACGCAUUGCGGCAGAGGCAGAUCGCGAUGCAACUCACGAGCAGUUAAUGAAGCUCGAGCGAGACUCCAAAAAAGCGAACAGCUCCAUUCGCGAUCUGCAGCAGCAGAUGAAAAAUAUUGAGAAUGAAAAAGUGAGCCUGGUUCUGGAAGUCGGCGGCCUCAAUUCAGAGAUUGUGCAGCAGCAGAAACGCAUAGCAGACUUGAGCGGCCAACUGCAACAGGCGAAUGGGACAAUGAGCAGCCUUAUUCUGGCAAAUGAAAACAAUGCUGCCACCGCUGAACAGGUAGUCAAAGAACGUUCAAAUGUGCUGCAGCUGCAGUCGCAGCUGGCGGAAGCUCGACAGGAGCUAGAAGGAAUGAAGCACAUGCACGAAUCCAUGCAGUGUGAACUAGGCGACAAGAUGAAGGAACUGGAACUGGAGCGCAGCAAGUCAAAAGAUCGCGAAUCUCAUUAUCAGCGCAAGCUGAAUAACCUGAACGAUGAGCUAAAGAAGUGCAAUGAGGAAAUUGCUGAUGCACGCAAUAACCAUGAAAAGCUUUUGGACACCUUAGAGAAGGAGUCUCGUACCUCCACCGAAUUGCUGGAAGCGCAGCAGCAACUACAACAGCAGCGAGCCCAGCUACACCAGCGCGAGCUCGAUUGUCAGAUAUUGCAGGCAAAGUACCGGGAAACGAAAGAGGAGAUGGCUCGCUGUGAGCAAAAGCUGAAGGAUCAGCGCCUUGAGAUGGAGGGCAAGCUAGAAAAGAUGAAAUCAAAAAUGCGCACGUUGUACACGGCGGAGGUGACCCGAAUCAAGGAGAAGCAAGAGCGCGAUGCGGCCAGCAACAAAGUUGAACUGGAGAAGCUCAAUGGGCAGAUCACUAAGUAUGAGGAACAUACGCGAAAGCUAGCUAAUCAAAUUGUGCGGCUCAAUGAAAAGCUUUUGGAGCAGCAGAAGAAAUAUGCCAUUCUUAGUACCAAGUUGCGGCACCUGCAGGAAGCCGAGCAGCCAUCGACGGCUCUGGCGACUGGAGAGGACUGGCAGCCGUUCAAGCGGCCAUGUGCGCCAUCUGCCAAUCUUGGCAGUAAUCUUGCAAUGGAGGAUGAAGAGGGUGAGGUGUUCAAUAACACCUACCUGACCGAUCUAAAGCUGGGCACUGUGCCAAACAUGACCGCCGAAGAACUUCAAUAUCGAAAUUCGUUGCAACCUCCGCAUUUGAAGAGCGCUUAUGCAGCGCAGUAUGACCUGGGCACCCAGGAGGACGAUAUCAAAGAUGGUCCGCACAGCCUGGAUGACAGCAUGAGCGCGCUGUUAAGCACUACAGAUAACAACGGUUUGGGUACACGCAAGAAGUCCAUGGGCACUCACUAUAAACGUCCGGGUCCACCGACGCCCAGUAAAAAUGGUGGUCGUCUGUCAUUUGGCGGCUCGGAGCCGCCCCGGGAAAUACUACGUGAGACUUGCGACAAUAACGGUACUGCCAAGACGCCGGCCCGCUUUAAGAUCUUCACAUCUCGCUUCAGCAUUGGGAGCAGCGGCAUAGGUGGUGGAGGACAUUGUCUGCCACGCGACGAGAGGCGGCGUCAACGUAAACAGAAUCUGUUAAAGGGUAUUAUGCAUCGCCGCAAUUUGCAAGCAGCAUUUUGUACAUCGACACCACGCAGCAGCCGCUCUUUCUAUGAUGGGCCACCAGACGCCCAAGAGCUGCAAAAGCAAGUGCAGGACGUGACCCCGCAUUUGGCUGAUGCUGCUAUGCCCUUGCCAUUAGAUGUGGCUAAUGGGCAGGGCGGCAGGCCAAGUAUCUGUCGCCGUCGUCUAAUAACUACCAGCUCAAGCGGCAGUCUUGCAUCAACUUGUCAAAGUGGCUCGAGCGGUCGUCAGCGUAAAUCCAGUGCACGCUUACCUUAUCAUCGGCUUGGCAACAGGGGCAGGUCACGCGCCAGACUGUCCUCAACGUCGCAGAUGAGUCUAAAGCGCAUGCAGCAGCGAAACAAAAUCAAAGACCAACGCAUAGGAUGCUUUGAUCGAGGCAGGCAUCUGUGCGAUGCUGAGAUCGAUGUCACAGAAGAAGAUGCAAAACAAACUUUACAGGUUGGUAAUGGAACGUAUGCGCUAGACGAGCCCAACGAAAACAACAAUUACUGUGUGCAUAAUCGCAAUGAUUCGAUGAUGGUAAUGGGUGCCACGAUGCUGUUGGAUAAGCAAACUUGGAAUUGCAUGAACAUCAAGAUGGAAUCGGAGCUUGAGCAAAGUACUGAAGAAGCAGCUACGUUCAAUGUGGACCGGGCAACUGUUAAUAGUUCAUUUACCAAAUGGGAAGAGGAGGAGCACCCAGCUUUGCUGAAGGCGCUGGCCGCCAAAUACGAUUACGACCUUGACUCUAACUUGACUGCGCUACAGCAAUUUGAGGAGGACCACGUUUGCGCAUGGCUGAGUGACGGUGCCAACAUCAGCGUCGGCGCCGUUAACCAUCUCAGUCAUGACAUUCACUUCGAAGAACUUUGCCGCCAGACAGCGUCUACAGCGCCAUUUGAACUGCAGCCACUGAAGUACAGUCCUGGUUUGGUAGAAAUUGUGCAACAUAAGAAACCGCUUAGCGCGUCUAACAUAACUGAUAACACCUCAACCGUCAGCUGCACUACCAACUGCUCGUCGCUGCAAUCGUGGACCACCUACUCGUUGAGUCACAUUCGCACGCAUCGCUUGCCCCAGAUAAACGUGACCACCAUGGACCGCCUGAGCGACUUGAAACAUUUACCGAAUCACAAGCAAGGCAAUAUAUUGAUGCGUCUGUGGCAUCGCCAGUGGCGUCGCAUGGGCGUUAAGAAGUCACUGGGUCUCGGCAUUCUCUUGUUUAUUGUAUUAACGCCGUUCUCUAGCUUUCUCAUCGCCACAGCAGCCGUGGGCUUGUUCGCGCUGGCUUAUCUAGCAAUAAGUAGCUCAAAGUGAGGAUGAGGAUGAGGAAAUUUACGACAGCAGGCAGCAGGCGAAUUUAUAUCAAUAUUACAGACUCCAAUCUAAUUUCUUUUAUUUUAUGAGAAACUUCCGUUGUUCCUUUACAGAACUCGCCUCCCAAGCGACGGCUCAGCAACAUGUUCAAACGCAAGUAGAUGUGUUUAACUGCAAUAUAUAUCAGAUGAGCUGAUCCUACCAUGGCCUUUUUUGUACAGUUAAAUGUAAAUUGCCAGCAGAUUGAAAACUACUGCAAAACUAUUUUUUUUCCUCUCGCUUAAGUCAAUUAUUUGUAAAAUAAGUCCAAUUACUUCAAUGUCAAUACAUAUAUAUUUUUUUUUUGGGUCUUUUCUAUGUCAAUCUCAACUCAGUACUAACUAUGUUGUAUUAUAUAAAAAUAUGUUAAUGAACUCUGAUAAACAAUAUAUUUGCCG